AGAAGAAUGAACACACGUAAUGAAUGUGGCUCCAUGUGGUGUUUUGUCUCUUGACGAAGAACCUAACGGUCCCAGUUAAUGAACAUAUAUAUAUAUCUAGGUUGAAUAUCGCGAGAUCUUAGUUGAUAUUUUCGCUCAUGUUCAGUUUUCGGGAGUCGCUUGUGUUGAGUUAACUUCACCGGAACUGAAAUACUUCCACUGGAAACACGCUGUAUUGGAAACAAUGGGUGGAAGUGUGACUGAAGAGUGGACCCAGGCAAACCUGCAGCAGCUUCUGGCUGCGAUGAAGUCCAGCCUCCCAGGACAUGCCAGACAGCUCUCAUACAUCACAGCACUGAAAACUGUGGACUGGAAUAUGGUGGCUUUCCCCCCUUUCUCUCCUGAAGCAUGCCAAGAAAAGUGGAGACAGAUUUUGCGCAAAAUGUGUAAGACUCGGACCCUCAUAGACCUCAUCGUUGAAGCGGAAGGUGUCAUUACCAAUCCGGUCAAGAGAGCAAAGAUCCAUCCAGAGUGCCCAAAGAGACCCGCCCCUCCAACUGCUUUCUUUUUUGAGGAAAAUGUGUCUAAUUAUCAAAAGAAACACCCAAAUAUGAGCAGGAAAAAUAUAUUCAGUAAGCUAUGCAAGAAGUAUAAGAGUCUCCCAGAUGAAGAGAAGGCUCCGUAUGAGGACAAAUUUCAGCUUGUAAAUGAGGAAUACAAGAGAAGAAAGCAGGUGUUCAGUAAACGAUAUCUAAACGCUGACUGUGGCAAGCCCAAGACCACAUUGAAGAAGCUCCCUGCAAACAGUAAAACUCAGGUCACUGAAGAUACAGUGGGCAUGCCUCCCAAGCCUUCUACAAAUGGAUAUAUACUAUUCUGCAAAGAGCAGUCUACUUCUGGGAUGAAAGUCGAAGGAUGUAAACCUGUAAAUGUGUGGGCCCAAAGUUGGCGAGAUAUGACUGAGAAACAGAAGGAAAUGUACAACACACGCUGCAAAGAGUUGAAGAGACAGUACGUGGUUGAGCUGAAUGAAUAUCUUAUGAAUUUUGAUGAGGAGAAGCAGCAGCGCAUUCUAAUGGAAACCGGCAUCAAAAGACCAAAAGUGCUUACGGGCAUUAAAAGAACAGAUCAAAAGAAAAUUCCUGGGGAGCCCAAAAUGCCAUUUCGAUCUGGUUGUGACACUUUCCGCACAAAACAAAUGUUUCUUCUGAGGGACAGCAUCCUAAACUCAAAGGAACGCUUUUGCAAGGUCAGCAAAAUGUGGCUGGACCUCCCGGCGGUGGAGAAGCAACGCUACCAUGAGGAAGUAUUUGAAUACAAUAAAAUAUACUCCUUGGAGCUUCGGAAGUGGUUUGAGACAUUGUCGGCAGCAGAGCAGCAAUUUUAUCGGAGACAUAACCCCAGUAAAAUCCGAUACCUUGAUGUCGCCCAAAUGGAAGUUUAUGAAUUAGGAAAACCACGUGGUUCUAUCUAUAGACCAUCAGAUUCAGAAGAUGAAGACACUGAGGACAGCGAUUAUGAAGAAGAGAACAAUUUGGAGUCUGAUGAGGAGUUGGAGGAAGAAGACGAAGUCAUCUUUUUUGAGUUGUUCUAAUUGGCGAUUAGAUUGACGGCAGAUCACACGCGCUUCUCAAGUUCAGAGCAGAAAUCUGGAUUUGACUUAAUAAACUGGCUGCUCCAGUAGCUGACUUUAAUGCCACAUUGUGUGGUGGCCAUGUUGGCUGGAAGCUUGCCACCAGUACUCCUCUGUGUUAACACCCUUAUGUAUAAUUAUAAUGGAAAAUAGAAAUAAAAAAAAGCAGAAAUAAAGUAUGUGUUUAUGCAGGACCAUAUGUUGAGAAGCUUGAGAAAUGCACGUCUUUGUUCUUAAAUGUGCAUCCUGCUUUAUUACCUAGCUUUGAGAACUUGUGAAAAUAGGUUUGUUCUGGAAAGAUCAUUUAGCACCAGUGAUAUUUUGUCCUUGCAUCUUCUGUAUUAAUUAGUUUGAACUAAUGCAUUAUACAAUCUGGGUCUAUUUGAUAAUCUGCCAUUGGAAUGCUGUUCACAGUGCACACAUUGAGUGAGUUAAAUGAUGUUUUACCGAGGAUCUCAUUUUUGCUCCAGGGUCAGAUUAAUCUAAUCCAUACCGCAACAUAAUGCAUCUGAGGUAGUGUUUUUAAUUAAUACACUUUAUUCAAACAUAACUCAGUAAAUGUGUCUUCUACUUUUGACUGACAAUAUGUAUGUCUGAAAUUUGAGAGAAUGCAGGACCAGGGAAAAUGUACAUGGGUCAACAUUUAUGGGUUUUAUUUGUGUGGAUAAACAAGAAUAUCAUUUUUCAAGCAUUGUUUGUAAAUCCUUAAAAAAAAAAAUCAAAUAAACAUUUAUUUUUGAUUGUC